ACUGCAGGUUAUUAUCUCUCCAUCUUCAUCUUGCAGAGUGGUUCUUUCUGGGUUUUCUGACUUGCUUUUUAAUUUAUUAUUUACCUAAAUCAAACCAAUUAUUUUAAUAAUCUGAGAGAUUAAUGAAGAGAGAUUAAUAAAGUUAUUACUACUAUAUAGUUUAAAGUCUUUUUUACUGUAUAGUAUUUCUCCCCCCCAUCUGUCUUGUCUCACAGUCUUUUUCUCGCAAGUCUCUGUAAUAAAAACCUCUUUCCCUCUUCUCUGUCCUUUCUCUCUCUGCAGAAGAAGCCUCAGAUACAGAAACUGACUACAAAGAACAAAGCUUUUUUUUUAGAGCCAAAAAAAGUUCUUUUUUUUUUCAUAACCCCUACAGGCUACAAGACUUUCAUAAGCUAUUAAAUCAGACCCUGGAAGACAAAAAAGGUGAAAAACCAUUAUAUCCCAAAAGUAACCAGCACUUCUCUCUCUCUUCCAUGGAUUUGCAACUGAAACAAUGGAGAAGCCAGCAACAGCAGACAGAGUCAGAAGAACAACCUUCUGCAGCUAAGAUACCAAAACAUGUCUUUGACCAGAUUCAAUCUCACUCUGCAACUUCUACUGCUCUUCCUCUCUUUGCCCCUGAGCCUACUUCUUCUAAACUCUCCUCUUUGUCUCCUGAAUCUUCUUCCAGGUUCCCCAAGAUGGGGAGCUUCUUUAGCUGGGCACAGUGGCAAGAACUUGAACUACAAGCACUGAUCUACAGGUACAUGUUGGCUGGUGCUGCUGUUCCUCAAGAGCUCCUUUUACCAAUCAAGAAAAGCCUUCUCCAUCUAUCUCCUUCCUACUUUCUUCACCAUCCUCUUCAACACCUCCCUCAUUACCAACCUGCUUGGUAUUUGGGGAGGGCAGCGAUGGAUCCUGAGCCAGGGAGAUGCAGGAGAACGGACGGUAAGAAGUGGAGAUGUUCAAGAGACGUCUUUGCUGGCCACAAGUAUUGCGAGCGCCACAUGCACCGUGGCCGCAACCGUUCAAGAAAGCCUGUGGAAACUCCAACCACCGUCUAUGCAACUGCCACGUCCAUGGCUACAGCAGCAGCAGCCACAGCCACAACAACAACAACAACAUCAUCUACGUUUGCUUUUGGUGGUGGUGGUGAUAGUGGUGAGAAAGUUGUGGGUCAAGGAGGAUCUUUCUUCUUCUCUGGCUCUUCUAACUCUUCAUCAUCUGAACUUCUCCACCUUAGUCAAAGUUGUUCGGAGAUGAAGCAAGAAAGCAACAACAUGAACAACAAGAGGCCAUACGAGUCCCACAAUGGAUUCAGCAACAACAGAUCAGAUGGAGGACACAUCCUGAGGCCCUUCUUUGACGACUGGCCUCGUUCUUCGCUCCAAGAAGCUGACAAUAGUUCAAGCCCCAUGAGCUCAGCCACUUGUCUCUCCAUCUCCAUGCCCGGAAACUCUUCCUCAGACGUCUCUCUGAAGCUGUCCACAGGCAAUGAAGAGGAAGCUAGGAGCAACAACAAUGGGAGAGAUCAGCAAAACAUGAGCUGGUGGAGCGGUGGAGGGUCCAACCACCAUCAUCACCACAUGGGCGGACCAUUGGCCGAAGCCCUGAGAUCUUCUUCCUCGUCUUCCCCAACCAGUGUUCUCCAUCAGCUGGGUGUCUCGACACAAGCCUUUCAUUGACCAGUGUAAAACCAACACAACAACGCUGUUUUUACUCUUUGUCUUGGGUUUUUAUUCAAAUUUCCUGUAUAAAGAGGGGAGGGUUUUGUUGUCCUCUUCCCUUUCUUUUUUAAGAUUUCCCUUGUAUCUGUAGCUUUUCUCUGCAGAUUUUAAUCCUCAAAGAUUUAUGUUUUGGAACUUCAAAUCUAUAUAUAGGAUCUAUGAUGAAGCA